UGGAGAUAAUCAAGUUAUUUUUCAUUAUUGGCAUUGGUUUUUGAGGCUUUGAGCAGUUUUUAAAUUUUUUAAAAUCAGUUUUUAGAAAGUUAUUUUACUCGGUUUUUUAAAUACGGUUAUGAUUUCUCCCUGAGAGACUUCUCUCAUCAACCUAGUGGUGAGGAAGCUGGUUUAGAAAGAAGUGCCUGGUGUCUUCCAGCCCUUCUCUUUCCCUCAGUCAUCCUGUACUUACGUGAGGCUGACUGUCCUGGGCUAGGUAUUGCAGGAGAGUGUAUUGAUGGGGGCCCGCCCUCUGAUGAGGGAGCCAGGCAACGCGGAAGCUCCGAAUCUGUCACUGUAAUAGUCUCCAUCAGCCUUUUCCUACGCAAUUUCUCAUCUUGUUUCAAAACUGAGAAGGCUGCUGUCUGUUACCUUGUCUGUGAUUUAAUUCUUUUUUUUUUUUUUGCACUACGUGGGCCUCUUACUGUUGUGGCCUCUCCCGUUGCGGAGCACAGGCUCCGGACGCGCAGGCUCAGCGGCCAUGGCUCACGGGCCCAGCCGCUCCGCGGCAUGUGGGAUCCUCCAGGACUGGGGCACGAACCCGUGUCCCCUGCAUCGGCAGGUGGACUCUCAACCACUGCGCCACCAGGGAAGCCCUGUAAUUUAAUUUUUUAAUCCUUGGUCACAGGUUAUUUUGAGGGGGUGAGUAUAUGUGUUUUUCCUCACAGACUGCUUUUCCUGGAACAUUUUUCUCCAUCUUCAGGGCUCUGAAGAGCAGUCAACCAAGUCAAAUGAAGAGUUAUUUCCUGAGCACCAAGAUGAAAUACAACAUGUAGUCAUUAAUCUGAACUGAAAGUUAACCCUAACAUAAGAAGGCUAGAAGUCACAGUUUUGCAUGAGAUGUGACUGGGGGAGUGUUUUCAUAGGCCAAGACGGAGCCAGUUGCUGGGUGUUCGUGGGAGCUGCAUUUGGAGUGAAGGGAGGGGCUGGCGUGGGGUGGUCAGAGGCAGCCUUCCUGAGGAGGGUAGGGUCGACGUUAGCACUUGCACGCUGGGCAUCUGUGCCAGAGUGGGAGGAUCCGGCCUACGUGCGAAGGCAUGAGCAAAGGGGCAGAGACGGUGAUGAUUUUUUCAGGAACAGCGAAGGAGCCGGCUUUGUUGAAAAUGGGCUUUCAGGGAGGGAUAAAUUGGGAGAUUGGGAUUGACAUACACACACUACUAUAUGCAAAAUAGGUAACUAAUAAGGACCUACUGUACAGCACAGGGAACUCUACUCAGUAGUCUGUAAUGACCUAUAUGGGAAAAGAAUCUAAAAGAGUGGAUAGGUGUAUGUGUGCAGCUGACUCACUUUGCUGUACAGCAGAAACUAACACAACAUGGUAAGUCAACUAUACUCCAAUAAAAAAAAAUUUUUUUUUAAGAGAAAAAAGAAAAUGGGCUUUCAGAUUGGAGAUAAAGACAGACAAAAUGGAGGCAAGAUCUGACCACAGGGGUAGAAGUGUGACCCUCAUCCUGUGUGAUGGAGACAAGCCUGGGCGUGAAUGUGGGUGUGGAAGCAGUGGACGAGAGUGUUUGUGGGAGGGGCGAUGGGAGGCCAGCCUGAGUCCACUGUGGUCCCUGAGGAGUGAGACAGGGCUGUGGAUGCUGAAAGUGGGGUCUUCAGUUCACAGUUACAUUGUCAAGGUAGGAUCUCCAGGGCUAAGGAGUAAAGAAGGGAGAAGAGCUGAGGAUGCCUCAGGCUCUUUGGUGGGGGUGGGGUAUACUGAACAGAAAUAAGUCAGGUUUUAUUUUUUACGUUGUUACGAUGAUAGCAUCCUGCUACGUAACACAGAAGAUACAGACUGUGAUACAGUACUCAGCAUCAGCCCCGGGGAGAUACAAAGUAAAUUCUAGGAGAUGGUAACUCUCGAAGGAGAUAACAGAGAAAGGUAAGAGGUUCUAAGGCUGAGCUCCCUCCAGUAUUUCUCCUCCAGAAGCUGUGGGGCUGAGAGCUGCCGUGAGCUUGCCUGUUGCUCCAGGGCCUUUCCUACAGGACAUGUAGUGGGAAGAGCAUAGCCUAUGGGGUCAGUCACUCUGGAUCUGAAUCUGGGGACAGCUGUGACUCCUAGACACAAUGUGGGUGUAAGUGCCUGGCUUGUGGGAGGCACACAUGCAGUGGUAGUUCUGCAGAGUGAGGUGAGCCUUCGAGGAACAGGGAAGAGGAGGAGCCCCCAGGCAGGGACACGAAGGUGCAGGCCAGCUGGUGCUGUUUCAGAGCUGAGGACGGUGUGCAGUCGGUGGGCCCAGCCCUGUGGAGAAGGGCCAGGGAGUGAGGACCAACAAGCUCGGUGUUCGUUUAACUUAGUGUCCUUUCAGUAAAAUAUAAGGUGUAUGUUACGAUUUCAAGGGAACGAGAUUCAAAUUGAGCUAAGACUUAAUGUUAGUCUCACCUUGUUCCACAUAUAGAAUAUGUUGAUUGGAGCUUUAUACCUAAUAUACUGUUCUCUUCAGACAAGAAAGAACAGUUAAGCAGCUUUGAAACUAUGGGCUGAAACAACAGUGAAUUUCAGUAAGUUUUAAAGUACUGCAUCCCUAUUUCUAGAUGGCUAGUUUUUUUUAAUCCUGGACUUAGUAAAUUAAAAUGCCUUUUAUUUUUGAAAAUAAGCCUGAAACUAAGAUUGUAAGGAGUUGAAAACAGCCCUUCGUCCCAAUAGAAUAUAUUGGACGUCUAAUUGGUAAGGGUUGAAUCUUUUUGUUUGUUUUAAUUAGUAUUUGGGGAAAGAAAUAUUCCAGAGGUCUUCUAAAGAAUUACAGUAUGUAAGGAAAUAUUGAAAUCUGUAUUAGGGUUCUCCAGAGAAACAGAACCAACAAAAUGAAUAUGUAUAGAGAGAUUUAUCUUAAGGAAUUGGCUCACGUGAUUGUGGAGACUGACGAGUCCAAAAUCUGUGGGGCAGGCCUGCAGGCUGGGACUCAGGAGAGCUGCAGUUCAUGUCCACAGGCCGCCUGCUGGCCGAUUCCUUCUCCCCGCCCAGGGAGGUCAGUCUUUGUUCUCCUAAGGCCUUCAGCUGAUUAGACGAGGCCCACCCACAUGUGGAGGGUAAUCCAGUGUACUUAGUCUACUGACUUAAAUGUUCAUCUCAUCUUAAAAAAUGCCUUCACAGAAAUAUCUAGAAUAAUGUGUGAACAGGUUUCUGGGCACUGUGGCCCAGCCAAGUUGACACAUAAAAUUAACCAUCACAAGUCCACCACCUAUAGACUUGUGAUGGCACCCUUACCCAUGUCCUUAAACCAUAAUUAACCUGCAAGUAAAGGUGAUUAACAAGGUCAUACUUCUACUUAACAUGGUACAGCUAUCCCAAGUACAACCAAGAAUGCCCUAAUGCCUUCCUCAGAAGAGGAAGCAAAGUCCACAGGUGAUGUUUACCCUUCUCCUUGAGAUCCCAUAACUUAAAUACUGUGAUGUAAAGUUAACAAUACUUAAACACUAUGAUAUAGGGAAUUCCCUGGUGGUCCAGUGGUUAGGAUUCCACGUUUCCACUGCAGGGGGCCAGGGUUUGAUCACUGGUCAGGGAACUAAAAUUCCACAUGCUACACGGCACGGGCAAAACAAAAAGAAAAGAUACAAUGAUACAAAGUCACUAUAACUUAUGUUCCAUGGUAAGGGGAUAAGAAAGGAAAGAAAACAAAGAUAUUUGCUUAUGUAUAGGUAUACACACACACACAAACACGUUCAUAACAAAAUAAGGAGGAAUACUCAUGACAGGUCCAGUCCUGGGUUCUGUCACUGGUCACGUGGUCAUAGCUGGUCUUCACCUUCCUCUGCCACCUAUUCUGUAUUCCCUUUGCCUUCAGUUAGUGCCUCAGCUGGUCCUGGUUCUUUACCUGGUGGGAUGAUGCAAAGCUUCGUGCCUGAAGGGCCUGGGCCACUACUUGUCCUGCCUGGAUUGGAUUGUUGCAUAUUUCCACUCACCUUAACUUCAGGGAUGGUGGUACUAAGAGAUGCCCUAAGUGACCUCCUGUGUCCCAGACACACUGUCCUCGGCUCCCUGUGGAGCACAGUCCAGUUUCCCCUCGGCAUUCAGGGUCACUCACCACAGCCAGCACCAGAGCUCACUGUGCCUGUUGGUACAGAGGCAGGAGCCCUGACUUCAGUUCAGCGGGAUCAGUGCGAUUGAAGUUCAUCUUCUAAGAAUGCAUUUGAGUGGGGGCAUGUUGAUCCUCAAAUGCACCUACUCUGCAGUUAAUUCACCUGUGAUGAGGUGAAACAGAGCAUCAAGCAGAGAGAGCGUGCAGGAAUCAUCUCCCUUCCAGUUAGGGAGAUAAGAUUCCCUAAUGCCGUGUUCCUGAAUCUUGAGCCAGGUGUGGAUUCCUUUUCAGGAAAAAAAGAAGAAAGCAAGAAAAUGCUAGCGGAAGUGCUAAGAGCUGACGUAAAGCAUUUUUAUAUUAAUUACUUAGAUUCUGAAUCCCAGCACAGCCAUGAAGUGAUGCCUCUCCUCUACCCCCUCUUUGUCUACCUCCACCUCAACCUGGUCCAGAGCAGUCCCAAGAGCACGGUGGAAAGCUUUUACAGCCGCUUCCAUGGAAUGUUUCUGCAGAAUGCCAGCCAGAAGGACGUCAUCGAGCAGCUGCAGACCACCCAGACCAUCCAGGACAUCCUGUCUAACUUGCGGCUGCGGGCCUUCCUGGACAACAAGUACGUGGUCCGCCUGCAGGAAGACAGCUACAACUACCUUCUCCGCUACCUCCAGAGUGACAAUAACACUGCGCUGUGCAGAGUCCUCACCUGGCACAUCCACCUGGAUGUGCAGCCCGCCAAGAGGACGGACUACCAGCUCUACGCCAGCGGCGGCCCCUCCCGGGGCGAGGGCGGCGGCCUGGAGCCUGCCGACGUGCCCGCGCCCAUCCUGCAGAACGAGGCCGCGCUGGAGGUCCUGCAGGAGAGCAUUAAGCGUGUCAAGGAUGGCCCCCCCUCUCUCACCACCAUCUGCUUCUACGCCUUCUACAACACGGAGCAGCUGCUGAACACGGCGGAGGUCUCCCCGGACAGCAAGCUGCUCGCCGCUGGCUUUGACAACUCCUGUAUAAAACUGUGGAGUCUGCGCUCCAAGAAGUUAAAAUCCGAACCGCAUCAAGUAGACGUGUCCCGCAUCCACUUGGCUUGUGAUAUCUUGGAGAAGGAGGACGACGAGGACGAUAACGCAGGCACGGAGAUGAAGGUCCUGCGGGGACACUGCGGGCCAGUGUACAGCACCAGGUUCCUUGCGGACAGCUCAGGGCUGCUCUCCUGCUCUGAGGACAUGUCCAUCAGGUACUGGGACCUUGGCAGCUUCACCAACACCGUGCUGUACCAGGGCCACGCCUACCCCGUGUGGGACCUGGACAUCAGCCCGCACAGCCUGUACUUCGCCAGUGGGUCCCACGACCGCACGGCCAGGCUGUGGUCGUUUGAUCGGACGCACCCGCUACGCAUCUACGCCGGGCACCUGGCAGACGUGGACUGCGUCAAGUUCCACCCCAAUUCAAACUACUUAGCCACGGGCUCGACCGACAAGACGGUCCGGCUGUGGAGCACCCAGCAGGGGAACUCGGUGAGGCUCUUCACGGGCCACCGCGGCCCCGUGCUCUCUCUGGCCUUUUCCCCCAACGGUAAGUACUUGGCAUCGGCGGGCGAGGACCAGCGGCUGAAGCUGUGGGACUUGGCGUCCGGGACCCUCUACAAAGAGCUUCGGGGCCACACGGACAACAUCACCAGCCUCACCUUCAGCCCGGACAGCAGCCUGAUCGCGUCGGCGUCCAUGGACAACUCGGUGCGCAUCUGGGACAUCAGGAGCGCGCACUGCAGCGCACCCGCUGACGGCUCGUCCAGCGAGCUCGUGGGCGUCUACACCGGCCAGAUGAGCAACGUGUUGAGCGUGCAGUUCAUGGCCUGCAACCUCCUGCUGGUGACCGGAAUCACACAAGAAAAUCAGGAACAUUGAUUUUUAUCUUUGAUGUAACGGACUGGGGCGUGCGAAGGGCUCCAGACGACAAGUCUUAGGACAGACGUAUGAAAUCACUGACUGACUGUGAAGGACUCCCCGCGUCCCCACGCAUCCCCCCUCGCGCCCCCACGCAUCCCCCCUCGCGCCCCCUCAUCCCGCGGACAUCCCGAGCCCGCCACCCUUUGCUCAGCCCCCAAGUGUGGAGGGACGGGGGGAGGAAGGGCGGUGACGGGGAACGAACGUGAGAUCAAGAAUCACGGAGAUCCCGCGGUGUCCCCCUGCCGGCCCCUUCCUGUCUCUGGAGCCAAGAUGCCCUCACCUCGCCGGGGCUGCACUUGGCCAGAGGAGGUUUGCUGGGCGCCCUCCCCAGGAGCAGUGCUGCAGGGUCACUGGGUGGAAGGGACUCUAUCUAGGUAGAAUUCGGGGACGGGAACGAGGAAAGGGGGCGGGGUCAUCCUGGCAAAUGUCUUUCCUUUUUCGUGACUACAGAGAACCAGGAUUUUUUAUUAUUAUUAUAAUUAUUAUUAUUAAUGAGAAGAGGAAACCUAGCACUGGCAGAGGGGGCCUUCUCUGCUCUCAUCUUUCAGGUUUUACUCCUGGCACUGGCUGUGAUACUUGGAAUUUUGAGGUUCAGGGAAUUCAGAGAAUUUGGUCGUACAGUGUAUUGGGCAAAAGGGAAAAUUUCUGGGUGACAGAUUGAUCACUCCAGCUGACAUGUUUCUAGAAGUGGGUGGGUGGAUUUGAUUGAGAAAGUCUUGGGCUCUUGCAGUGAUGGUGGGAUAGAUUCUUUUCGUGGCUGCACUUCUAUUAACAGUUCUCUCCCCUGAAAGGACAGAUUGUGGUAAAGAAAUGAAAAUAAUUGGAAGUGAGAAGUCAAAAGAUAGAAUUAGAAAAUGUUGAAUUUUCGAAUGAUUCUGAGGUGUGGCUCUUCCAGUGUCUUUUUCCCCUGAGAUCAUCCCUCCCACCUCCUGCUUUGCAAUAGCAGUUUAAUGAACAGUCUGUGAAACAAAUCUUAAGUACGAACACACACGUCGAAAACUACGCUCUGAAGAUAAAGCAACUUCUAAUUUGUGGAAAAAGGAUUAAAUAUUUCUGUUUUCUGAAAAGAGUUAUUUUGUAUUUUGUUUUCUAUUAAAAUGUAUUUAGUUUCAAAAAACAAAAA